UUUCAUCUGUGUAUCGGUAUGUUUAGUCUGCAUAUACAGUUGUCCAUCGUGUAGAUUUGUUUGAUUUAUCUGCCAGGAAUUAAAAGUGUUAGUUUGGAGAGUGUAGAAGCCAACAUUCGGCAAGAAAAUGGAUCAAGAGCUAAGAGUGGUUGUUCUGGGUCACCAGUCCUCUCAAAAAACAUCAGUGAUCAACUGUAUUUUAGGUGAAGUUGAGUCUAAGAAAAGUUUUGUGAAGUCUGUGAGGAGAGACGGUGACGUGAAUGGACGGAAGAUCGCUCUGAUUAACACACCCUACUGGUGGAAUAUAUUUGGCAUACAAGACUCACGAGAAGUGGUCAAACAGGAACUGGUGUGCAGUGUCUUCCUGUGUCCACCAGGACCUCAUGCUUUUCUGCUGGUCGUUGAUCUCAGUUUGCCUUUUACUCAAGAACACAGAAUCAGUAUUGAGGAACAUCUUGGUCUCUUUGGAGACAGAAUCUGGUCACACGUCAUAGUGCUCUUUACACGAACAGUUUCACUGAAAGAUGAAUCCAUUGAGCAGCACAUACAGAAUCAAGGAGAAGAUCUGCAGCAGAUCAUCCAGAGAUGUGGACACAGAUACCACAUCUUUGAUAUUGACAAUAAAGGUAAUGGAGUUGAAGAACUGCUUGUGAAGAUUGAUGGUGUUGUGACUGUAAACAAUGGCAAACACUUUGAAAGUGAUGAUGAAAAACUACUUGAGGUGAAGAAAAAGAGAGAAGAAAUUCAAGAGAGAGCAAAAGCCAGACAAACAAUGGUGCAGGAAAAAACAGAACAGCUGACAGAAAAAGGUGACGUGUUUCCACUCCGAUCACUGAGAGUUGUUCUGGUUGGUUGGAUCAUUGCUGGGAAAAGUUUAGCAGGAAACACCAUCUUGAAUGAUGAUGUAUUUAAAGCAGGAAAAAUAAAAUCAUAUGUAGAAGGUUCUGGUGAUGUGAAUGGAAGGAAGAUAACGGUGAUGGACACACCAAGCUGGUGGAAGUAUGUUUCAACCCAAUUCAAUCCAGAGUUUAUCCAGACAUCACUUCUAGAGAGUGUUUCAGAAAGUGGAAAAUUUCCCCAUGCAGUAAUAUUAGUGAUUCCUGGAGACACUUCAUUUAAGAAAGAACAAAAGAGAAUCAUUGAAGAAAAUCUGUCUGUUCUCGGAGAGGAAGUCUGGAGACACACCAUAGUUUUGUUCACAUGGGGCGACAGAUUUCCAGACAUCUCAAUCGAGGAGCACAUUGAGAGUGAAGGAGACGCACUCCAGUGGCUGAUUGAGAAAUGUGGGAACAGAUAUCACGUCUUUGACAACACAAACAGGAAGAAUCGAGAUCAAGUCACACAGCUGCUCCAGAAGAUUGAUCAGAUGGUGGCAGAAAACUGUGUGUUCAGUCUCGACACUCGCUGUGCUGCAGAAAUGAAUCUUCAUGAGACUGACACACAACAAGAUCUGGAUUCAGAGGAGGAAAUCAAUCUUGACACACAAUAUGUGAUGAAAUUAAUAAAUGAGGAUUUGAAAAACAGGUUGAAGGGAAUAAAAAAUAAGUCAAAAGAAAUAUUGAUGGAUUUCACUGAAGAUAAUGACCUUGCAAGCCAGAGAAGCAUGUCAGACCCUCUAGAUUUUAAAGAGGAUGAAUCAAAUAAUCCUUCUGAAACACAGAUCAUCAAACAUCAACAGGAGAUCAUUCAAGAGAAACUCCAGGAUCAGAUUAAAAGGGAAGGAAACAGAUGGGAAGCCAUUUUAAUGGAGGGACUCUUCAAUAUUUUGCAGAUUUCUAAAGAAUCAUGUGAUGAAAAUGGGAUCCAAAGAUCAGAUGAGGUGUGGAAGUGGCUUCAAAGAUGUGAGGAAUCUGCAUAUGGAUCAAUCUCUAAUCUCAGUGAUCCAACUGAAGAUUCACAGAAUAGAGAGACAUCAGAAGAUACAGAGACAUUUUCACAAGCUUAACAUCAAAUCACAUUAUCAACAGUUCAGUCACAUUGUGAUCAGUGCCUGUAAAAAGUACAAAUAUUUUCUCCUUGAAAGAAUUAUACACGUGUAAAAUUAUUUUACUUCAUAUUCAUUAUCCUAUACAUUCAUGAAUGAAAUGUUAAAUUGCUACAUUUUAGAAAUGUGUUCUUAAGAAAUGUUUACUCUAACUUUAUAGGCCCAUAGAAUGACUAUAUAUUUUUAAUCAUUUACCUUAUAAAUCAAUAUCUUACAAUUACAGAAUAUGUUUAGAAAUGUAAAUUCAGUGCAUCUUUAAGGAUAACAAAUUAUGAUGAUAAUCAUGAAAUGUUAAAAUUAUCAACAGUGCACAAAAUCUCAUUUAAUAAAAGAGUUCUGACUCAAAAUUCUGUCUGUACGAGCAACAUUAGAUGCUGUUGUAAAAUGAUUAUAAAUGCACAUCUGUCACUGAAUAUAGAAUUAAUAUAGAAAGCAAUAAACCAU